AUGUUUCGCACAGCAUCUCUUGCGGCGCGACGUGUUCGUCGGUGUUCGCCUAUUUCGUGAAUUUAGCUGCUUAUUUCGAACACUCGCGUCUACCUCCCUGCCGAAAUAUGUUUUCCCGAUAAUUUUCAUUUCAUUUUCACGAGAACGCGACAAUCGCGCGACGCUUCUGCAAUAUCGACGGAACGCGUCACCGAAGACUCCGAGUUCCGCGUUUCGUUUGCGAGACUGAAUUCCGUGCCCUGCGCGAGAAAGCGCCUUUUCAAGAGAGGAGAGAGGUUUAUGCGCGUUUAAAUGCAUGCAAUACCAAUAAAAGAAGAUUGAAACAAUGGUCGUGAUCUCGAGGAUUUUCUCUCGCGGCUAUGGCGGACUACGAGCGGCGAGAGUUCUACAUCACGCAACCAGGGCAAAUUCCUCCACGGUCGCUUCAGACUCGGUACAGGAAUCGCCAAGUAGCGAUAAGACGCCGGGAGAAAACGUCGAGAGGCAGAAGCGAGCGAUCCCGGAUAGGUAUCGGUUCAUUUAUCCGGAAUUUUUACCGAACCCGGAGCCCAAGUAUCGCAAUUCGCUCCGGGAGAAGCUGGAGCGCAUGGAUAUGAUGGCGAGGCGCAAGCACAUAGGGAUACCCGAAUUUUACGUCGGUUCUGUAUUAGCUGUGACGUAUUCCGAGCCGCACGCUCCCGGGAAGGUCAACAAGUUCGUUGGCAUAUGCAUCGAGAGAAAUGAAACGGGAUUGAGGGCCUCGUGCCUCCUGAGGAACAUAGUCGAUAACCAGGGAAUCGAGGUGCUUUACGAGCUCUAUGACCCUGCAAUACAGAAGAUAGAGUGUCUGAGGCUUGAGAAGAGUUUGGACCCGCAUCUACGGUACCUGCGAGACGCACCGCCAGAGUAUAGCACGUUUCCCUUCGACAUGGAACCGGAAUAUGUGGUGGAAGGUGCUCCAGUAUCUGUAAGAGAGAUUAAAGUACAGCUCAAUCCUCGUCCAUGGUUGGAGAGAUGGGAACGUCAAGAGUUGAAGGGUGUGGAAGACUUGAUACCGUUGCUUAGUCACAAGCGCAUUAGAAAAGCCAAGGCAAGAGAGCAGCCUUGGGAGAAGUACGACCUGAUGAAAACGUAUCGGAAAACCAUUCCCGAGGAGGAUCAGAAUGAAAUAUUUAAUGAAGUGUACACGAAACUGCACGAGAUGGAAAUUACUAGACGUAGGCAAAAACAUAAGCGCGCUUUCGUACGUCCGCAGAAAACUGGAUAAACUUUUGAUCGGGUACAGCAUUUUUCAAUACAUCUGUAAGGAAAUAGAACGAAAUAAAUAAAUAUAUUUGUUUUUUGUUACAA